AUGAAAUUACUUGCUUUAAGUAUAAUAGUUGUGAUAUUAUCGAUAUUUUGUAAUCUUUCUAUUGGAGCCAAUCCAGUUCCAAAAGAAAAUUUCAAAUUAGCCCUCAUUCUGAGUGGUGAAUUCACCGAUCUUGGAUACAAUUAUGCUUGUAACCAGGCUCUCAUCAAUGUCGAAAAAGCCCUCAGAAUUCACAACCAAACAACCGUUUUCAACAAUAUUGUUACCUACGAAGACACUGUUGUUUUAAUCAAAAAAUUGGUCAAACAACAAUAUAAUUUGAUUAUUGGAAGUUCGAUAGAACAUGUCCAAGCCACCCAAGACAUGUCUGCUGUUUACCCGGAUACCUACUUCUUGAUUCGUGGUUUGGCCGUUCCAACUGCCAAAAAUGUCAGAAAUAUUUUCAUUGAUUUCGGUAUUGGACAUUACCUCAUUGGAUAUCUGGCAGCGAUGGCCUCCACCACCAAGAAGAUUGGAAUUGUCGUACCAGGUCCACCCUCACUCAGCUAUGUCACUGCCAACGCAUACUACUUGGGUGCCAUGAACUACAGUAAAGAUAUCACUGUCUACUCUGCCGAGACCGGUUCAUGGUAUAAUCCAGUUAUUGAAGUUGGUGCUACCAAUUAUCUCAUCGAUAAAGGUGUCGAUGUCGUAGCCAUGUCUGCCGAUGAUCUUUCAGUUCAAUCGACCGCCAUCUCCCGUGGUGCUCUCUCAUUCGGUACCUCUGGUUAUCCAGUUUACAAUAUUUUCGGUGAAUCAAUCCUUACCAGUAUCAUCACCAAUUGGACAAUGGCAUACUUGAACGCAUCACAAGAUAUCAUCGCUGGAACAUUCCAAUCUGAGCUUUACUAUGGAACACUUACUGAUGGUGGUGUAUUUUUAGAUCAACAAUAUAGUUAUUUGCUUAAAAAAGAACAACUCGAUCAAUUCAACACUUUAACUACUGCUUUGAAAGCAACAAAGUUCGAAGAUCUUCCAUAUGCCUACAACAAAUUAUAUCUUAACAGUUCCUAUGGAAAAGAAAGAUUAGACCAAAAUGAUCUUUUGAGUAGUCCAACUCUAUUACCAGAGAUUAUUGAUUUAGGUUAUUAUGUUAUUCCACCUAAUGAAUAUGUUGUAAAGAAAUCGAUUACCUAUGGUUUUUCAAUUGCCGCUGGUGUAGUUGGUUUGGUUGCAGUAAUCAUUUUAGUUGGAUUGCUCGUUUUCAGAGAAACAAAGAUUAUGAGAUCUGCCAGUCCACUUUUCUGUAUGUUAAUUGUUUUUGGUGGUAUUUUGAUCUAUGUUGCCGUCAUUCUUUGGGUACAAAGUCCAACUACUGGAUUAUGCCGUUCACGUAUUUGGUUGAUGUCACUCGGUUAUACCAUUAUGCUCGGUAACAUGGUAAUCAAGAAUUUCAGAAUUUGGUUAAUCUUUGAUAAUCCAUUGUUAAAGAAAUUAAGAAUUACAAAUGCCAAGCUAAUGCCAUGGUUAGGAGGUAUUAUUCUUUUAAAUUGUUUAAUUUUGGCCAUUAUGACUGGUGUUGGAGAAGUCCACUCUCAGAGAAACUAUGGAUUCGAAGGAUUGUUCGAGUACGACUACCGUGUCACCUGUGAUAUGAACAAGAGUGGAAACAUCGUGCUUUACAUUCUUCUCAUUUAUCACGCCAUUCUUUUGUUGGUCGGUUGUUUCGUAUCGUGGAAGAUCAGAAUCGUUGACAUUGCGGAGUUCAACGAGUCGAAAUCGAUUGCCAACACGCUCUACGCCAUUUCUUUCUGUCUUUUCAUUAUCAUUCCAUUGAUGGUAUCACAAACCACCUACGACUCACAAAUCAUUAUCAUUUGUGCAAGCGCUAUUUUCACGACUGCCUCGACACUCACCAUUUUGUUCCUUCCAAAGUUCUGGCGUCUCUACACCAAGGGUGUCAAUGCUGAUCCAUUCUCAUCGACCUCACAACAAAUGUCAUUCGACAAGUCGGUCGGAGGUCAAACCAAGGGUCCAGUCGAAAUGGACACUGUCAUUGUAUCACAAAACGAACCAGUUUCGAAUGUCGUAGACAACGAAGUGCCAUCACAACCAUAA